GCGCGCGAAUUUUUCGAGUUCCUCUUUGUGCCCAUCUUCCGGUUUGUUUAUAUUCGCAAAAUUUGUUGCGACUAUCAACGUGAGUGUUUUUUUUUUUUGGCGCUAUGCUGCCGUUGCUGAUGGAGGAUGAUAUACCCGAGUUCCUUCUGCAGCGCUCCAGCAUAGCCUAUGGUAACACAUUACAUUUGCAAGUGGGCAGACAACGUCUGAGAUCCACUUUGGUGCUUUGUCGCAAUCUUAAAUUCUAUGAAUUUCGUAAAAAAGAACUUCUGCAUCACAUUGACUUGGGAAGUGACAAUGAAAUUGAAGAAACUAAAGAAUUGCAAAGGCAACUAGAGAACUAUAAGGGUCCUCUCAGUAGUUUCCUGAUUCGUGAGGAUCUGGAUCAGUAUAAAAGCAACGAGGCCAUGGGAUCCUUAAACUACAGCAUGCUCCAGGCAGUAGAGGAUCAACCCAUCGAGAUUGGCAAAUAUGUGUGGCUGGGCGACCAUGUGUAUGUGCUAAUCCGUUGUUGGGCAACUUUAAUUGUACUCCUCCGACCUGUGCAACAUGGAGCCAAAUUUGAGUUAAUGGCAAUCCAUAGGAACUUCAAGGAUUACCAAUUGGUGAACGGACCAGUGCAGUAUCAGGCGUAUGUGCAGUUAAACUUCCGAAAUGGCAAGCGUCUGCUAACAAAUUUUGAGUCACCUGACAAGCUAGAUGUAUUAGCCAGUUCCAGCUCCUGCAGAUUACCUAGAGAUAGAGAUUCUUCUGAUGACAAUUUCAAGAGCUUGUUACUCCAAGUCCAUGAAUUGCGUUGCCAACUAUCUGCACAGCUAUCGCAGACCCUAAUGGACAUGACACGGGCUCAAGAUCUGCAGGCUUUUGGUGUGCCUGGUCAACGAUCGCUUCUGCUGGACGAAAAGCAAAUAUUGCGACGUUUCGGUGAUAUUUGGACAAGAGUUUGUCCCGGCGAUCGAUUAGUUAUUGGCUGCAUGUUGGCCAAUAUAUCGGGCACGCAGCGUUUGAGCAUAAUUCACAAUGUACAGCCAGUCUUGCAGUUGGCCAAAGUAGGGCAGAAUGGAGGAGGAAUUAGCUGGACCUUGGAUUAUCGCCUUUAUGAAUUGCCCCGUCAGCCGAAUGGCCAACCGCCCGAAGACUACAACGAGUUGGCCCAAUUCUGGUCAUGCCAAGAACAGGAACAACAAUAUAGCCAUCUACUAAACUGGCGACCCAUUUCCGCCUCAAUCUCUUCAUCACUUUUCUGCCAUCAGAAUCAACUGAUGCCUGAAUGUAAUGCGGUUCUUGUAAUAUGUUUGCAGCUUGCCGAUUUACUCGAGGUGGAGAAACUCGAGCUAUUGGUCUCCUAUGAAGUAGGCUUAAAAGGAUCUUCGCGUCAAUUGCAUGUGUCCACCAUAGAUGUGGCAUCUCUAUUGUCUCAGCCCGAAUUGCAUGCGCCGAGUUUUAAGUCAGAGAGCUUACAUCAGGAUUUUCUAGCCGUAAUCAUGUCCCAACCUGCUCAAUGUGCCUUAUGUUUAGAGUUCCUGCCCGACCAAAAGCAGCAGGUGGGAAAAUUCGAGCAGCUACUGGUCUCUAGCUUGGGUUUCGAGCUAAGCAACAACCACAAAGCGACAGUGGACCGAGAUCCAGCCGAAUGUGAAACCAAUUUUCUUGAUGAUAUCAUUUGCUCGGAUAACUCCUCUGUCUUUGAUCACCACUCACGAUCUGACGAGGAUUCCGUACAACGAAUAUUCUAUAAUCGUCAAUCCACAUCACAAUGGUGUGGUCUCCUGCUAAUCCGACGACAGGAUCAUCUUUGGCAUAUGUAUGCUCAAAGUUUUAGCAAAAUUCGUCUAUUCCUAUACCGCCUUCAGCGCGAUCUUCUUCAAUUGAAUUGUAAUCUCUCGCUUUUGGAAUUGGAUGAUCAAUUCAAUGGCCUAUCGGCGUUUGAGGCGGCCAUCCAUUUGGAGGCGACACUCCGGGUGGAACUUAACAUCUGGCGUCGGCUAAUGGGUAAACUGAAACAGGAUGAAAUGAAGCAUUGGACCAGGCAACUAAAUCAAAUGCAAAUGCUUAGCGAUAAGAUGGCAACUGUGAUAGAGAGCAAAUCGGAGGAGCAGCAGCAGCUGGACUAGGAAUCGAACUAAUCAAUCAAAAACAAUUAUAUUUUUUGUAUACUUUUGUAUCGCUGAUUUCGAUGAUAUAUACCUUAUAUGUAUACAUA